AACUUAAAGUCUUCUGGUAAUUCAGAACAGUUUGCGACAUAACCUAUGUUUAGUUGAACCGAAGAUAUUAUGUUAAUAUAUUUAGUUUUGAAUGGAUAAAAAUAAAAUAAUUUUUUUGUUGGUUAAGUGUUCGACAUAACCUUAGGGAGUAAUUAGGUGCACGAUGAAAACGAACAAAAGCAGCGGCUCUCAUUGGGGUGAAUUACCUGCGAGAGAGACUCAUAAACAAGAAGUAAUUACACCAGAUAUAAUCGAAAAUGUCUGGAGACAAGUCAUGGAAGAGUCAAAUGGAACUGACUGCGAUUAUCAAGUCGAUGGACAGCCCGAUUACAUUCAGCUUCCAAUGGGAAAUCUUCAUGUGUUGAACACGAUUAAUCUUCACCAACAGUUGCGAACGAUGGAAGAUGAUUCUUUAUUUGGAGGUGUAAGUUCCAUCGAGUUGCCAACUUGUUUGGACCAGAUGGAUACGAGGAAUCCAUUUCACAUUUUUUCCUCGCAGUCGGAUAGAACGGAAUUUAAAGGAUCGAUGGUUAUACAGCAAUUACAUCCUACCACUGCCCAUAAAUUUUUGAGGCAUGCCGUUAUUACUCUGUUAGCACAUAUUGGAUUUGAAUCAGCAUCCGAUAUAGCCAUAGAAACCUUAACCGAUGUUGCUAAUCAUUUUCUGAGGAGAAUGACUCUACUGUUGAAACUGGCAUCGGAACGAGAAGACCACGGAUUUCCUGAUCCCAUGGAGAGGGUUUUGGUGGAGUCUGGAAUCGGGGGGGCUGUUGCGUUGUACGACUAUUACCAAGAGUACGUUUUAAAAUUCGAGCAGAACAUGAAAACUAGAGUCGAAAAACUGGCAGAAGAGCAGAGGUUAAUGGAGCUCAAUGCCACGAACUGCAAAAUGGAGUUAGACGAGGCUGCUAGUAAGUUACAAUUCGAGGAGCUAGACGAAUUUGGAAACGUGUACAGAGAGGUACCAACUUUGCAACUUCCCGAUCCUGAAAUGGGAUUCCCUCCGAGCCUCGACGCAGGAUUUCAAAUGUUGCACAGCCUCGAACAAGAUGAAUUAAACAGUCUAGAAGUUGAGGAGGAAGAGGUUAACGUCAGUAAUUCCCCCAACGCAGGACAACAAAGGAAUCCACCCGAAGUGGCUGAGAAGAGAAAAAAGUUAAGUUAACUUAGGUAACGUAGACUAUUUUCUUACUUACUAGGUAAGGUUUCGUGGAGUGCUCGAGCAACUUCUCCGGAGAGAUUUUUUAUUGUACAAGCUUUACAGCAAUGUCAAUUUUACAUUGGCGACUUCGCGAUGUAUACCGACGGGGGAACAAUAUGUACAAGUUAUAUAAAAUAAUGGAAAUCCUAGUGA